ACAACUCUACAAAACUUUUACAUUAUGUUGUCUGCUCUAUAUUGUUUAGCUCUUCUAUUAUUUCAACCAAUCGUCAUUUUCUCUUUCAACAAUAGCAGCAGUACAGAAUUACUGGUAACCAAAACAACUGUCCCACCAAAUGAAAAUCAAAGGAUGUUCUAUGCUAUAAUUUCUGGAGGAAAUCCUUGGGAAAUUCAAAAACACGAUAGUAAAGAAUUCAACAAAAAGGUGGAAGAGGUAUACAAACAGAACUUGACGGACAAAGCAACGACAGGUAAUAAAUAGUGAAACAGGUGAAACAUCGAGAUUAUUGUAUUUUCGGUGUCGCCACCGAAGAGAAUCGAAAUUGGACUAAUCAUCAGAUUGACGGUGAAUUAUCUUCGGGAACUUCCUCUAAAAAAGAAGAAAUCGACAGCACUGUUGUCACCACUGUCGCAAAGCGAGGAAAGCAUUACGAUACUUCGUGGCGAUGGGGACUUGUAUCUGGAUGUGCUUUGUAAGAAUAAACUUUUAAAUUAUAAUUUUUAUCUUUUACCAGUUUUUUGGCUGCUAUAGUAAUUGUGCUUGGUUGGGAACAUUGCGGGGAUGAGGACCAAGCUGAUUAAAAAAAUACAAAGAAUAAAUUAUUGUAAUGUGAUAAUUUUUUUGUGUAAAUUGUGCCGUUUAUUAUUUUUAGACUUAGAGAAAAAUUAAAACUAUUAAAAGCCUGACAUGUAUGUUUAAUUAAUUGGAGGAA